AUGACAGAUAUCACCGGCAAGCCGACCGGUGGUGAUGCUAAUAGCGUUGAGGUCAGUAUGGAAAAGCCUGCGAACAAUGCGAGUGGAGAGGCGGUCGAUGUGUAUGGCGAUGUGCAGACAGCCCAAGAGUUUGGCUACGUCCAGAGAGGGCUCAAGUCCCGUCACAUCCAGUUCAUUGCCAUCGGAGGCAGCAUUGGUACCGGGCUGUUCCUAGGUAUUGGCGGAGCCUUUCUAAAAGCAGGCCCGCUUUCAGUGCUCCUCGGCUUCUCCAUCACAGGUGUUGCAGUCUACUGCAUGAUGACCUGUCUGGGAGAGAUGACGACUUGGUUGCCGCUACCUGGAGCCAUUCCUCAGUACUGUGCCCGCUACGUCGAUCCGGCGAUGGGUUUCGCGGUAGGCUGGAACAUCUGGUACCUUUCCAGUAUCGCCGUGUGCGCCGAGAUCAUUGCCGCAACCGUCCUCAUCCAGUUCUGGGACAGUGCCAUCAGUCCCGCAGUCUGGAUCAGCAUUCUGAUCGCCCUCAUCCUCGUGCUCAACAUUUUUGCGGUCUCCAUAUACGGCGAGGCUGAGUUCGUCUUCGCGUCGAUAAAGAUUCUUGCAAUCAUCGGCUUGCUUCUCAUGUCCUUCAUUGUCAACCUUGGCGGCAGUCCGACUGGUGAUCGUCUGGGCUUCCGCUAUUGGUACGAUCCGGGUCCUCCGAUGAAAGAAGUGGUGGCUACCGGCGAUGCUGGACGAUUUCUGGGUCUGAUCUCCACGUUGAUAUUCGCCGCGUUUUCGUACGGAGGGGUUGAGAUGGUCGCGACGGCGGCAGGCGAGGCUGUCGAUCCCAGGAAGAACAUGCCUCGAGCCAUCAAGCGACUGAUCUGGCGGAUCAUCAUCUUCUACGUCCUGGGCUCCCUUGCGAUUGGCACACUCGUUCGCUCCGACGACGAGCAGCUUGGUGGCGCCUCGCCCUGGGUCCUUGCUGCAUACAAUGCGCAGAUCCCAGUGCUGCCCAGCAUUAUCAACGCAGUGAUCGUCAGCUCGGCCGCCUCUUCCGCGAACGCCUCCUUGUUCGUAGGCUCAAGAUAUCUCUUCGGCCUUGCGCAGAACAAGCAAGCACCUCGCAUCUUCCUCAAGUGCACCAAAUCCGGAAUUCCGAUCUACGGCGUCGGAUUUACAGCCAUCUGGAGCGGGUUGGCAUACAUGUGCCUAUCCGCCGAGUCGACGACAGUGUUCGGCUGGUUCAUCAGUCUCGGGACGGUCGCUGUGCUGUUCACAUGGUGCAGCAUCUGUGUCGCCUAUCUGCGCUUCCGGCAAGCUCUGGUACGUCAGAACGUCGACCGGGCCAAUCUCCCAUACAAGUCUCGGUUCCAGCCAUGGGCGGCGUGGUUCCCCCUGUGCUACUUUGGUGCCAUCAUCCUGCUUAACGGGUGGGAAGUCUUCACGAAAGAUCGAUGGUCGGUCGAGAUCUUUCUCACUUCCUACAUUGGCAUUCCAAUCUACUUUGGGACAUAUCUGCUGUGGAAGGUGUGGAAGCGAACGUCGCUCGUCGAUCCUGCGGAGGCGGAUAUCUGGUCUGGCAAGGCGGCCUUGGAUGCGAUGGAAUGGCCGGAGAGAAUUUCACGCAAUAUGGUAGAGCGGUUGUGGAACAAGAUCGUCUGA